AUCAAGUGCACACUAGCAUCAUGGCUGACUAUAGCGAGUUCAUUCUUACUGAAAUAGACAAAGUCGGCGAAAUCGAUACACUUUCUUUCGCCAGAAAGAUUAAUGUCGAUCACCAAAAAAUAGUUGGUGCUGUGAAAAGUUUGCAGACUCAUUCGGAUGUUAUUGAAGUUAAACAGGUUCAAGGGACUAGUCUACAACUGACAGAGGAAGGAGCACGGGUUGCAGAAAAUGGGAGCUAUGAGGCUCUUGUCUUUAAGGCAGUACCAGAAAAUGGAAUUACUCAAGCAGAAUUAAUGAAAUCUGUGCCAAAUGCUAAAAUAGGAGUUGGCAAGGCCAUUCAAGCGGGAUGGAUUGAAAUUGACAAAAGUACAGGUAGUGAACCUAGAGUACUUCGAAAAGUUGACUGUAUUGAGGAUAACGUGCAGCAGUGUCUCCUGAAGAUAAAAGACCUUGCCUUGGAUGGAGUGACAGAUGCUACCAAAGCAGAAUAUAAAAAGCGGAAACUCAUAGUGGAAGUAAAAGAAACAAGCUUCAAAGUGAGAAAGGGACCCAAUUUUAGUCUCACUGUUGCCAAACCAGAAGUUGACCUGACACCACAAAUGAUACAAAAUGGUACCUGGAAGACAAAGCAGUUCAAGCCAUACAACUUUGAUGCCAUGGGUGUUGCGCCAGAAUGUGGCCAUUUGCAUCCAUUACUCAAAGUCCGAACUCAGUACCGACAGAUUUUCUUGGAGAUGGGCUUUGCAGAAAUGCCAACAAACAACUUCAUUGAAAGUAGUUUCUGGAAUUUUGAUGCAUUGUUUGUUCCACAAAAACAUCCAGCACGGGAUGCGCAAGAUACCUUCUUCAUAUCAGAUCCCCAAAAUGCCAGUGCUUUCCCAAUGGAAUAUCUUGAAAAAGUUAGAAAAGUUCAUGCAGAGGGAGACUUUUGCUCUAGAGGAUAUAUGUACGAUUGGAAGAUGGAAGAAGCAGAAAAAAAUGUACUGCGCACUCACACAACAGCUGUUAGUGCAAGGAUGUUGUACAAAUUAGCUCAACAGAGACCUUUCAAGCCUGUCAAGUAUUUCUCUAUAGACCGUGUUUUCCGAAAUGAGAAUCUUGACGCAACACAUCUUGCAGAGUUUCACCAAAUAGAGGGGGUUGUUGCAGACUAUGGCCUCACACUGGGCAAUUUGAUGGGUGUUAUCAAUGAAUUCUUCAAGAAGUUAGGAAUUACAAAAUUGCGUUUCAAGCCUGCAUACAAUCCUUAUACUGAACCCAGCAUGGAGAUUUUCAGCUUUCAUGAAGGUCUAAAUAAAUGGGUUGAAGUAGGCAAUUCUGGAAUGUUCCGACCAGAAAUGUUGCUUCCCAUGGGUCUUCCAGAAGAUGUCUCUGUCAUUGCAUGGGGAUUGUCAUUGGAAAGACCCACCAUGAUCAAAUACAAGAUCAACAAUAUAAGAGACUUGAUUGGCCCAAAAGUGAACCUUCAGAUGGUCUAUGAUAAUCCAAUCUGCAGACUAGACAAAUAAUGAUUUUAGGGAUGUUAACAAAUUUUAAUUUAGCUAGUAAAGAAUUUCAGUUUUCUUCCAUUCUGAGUUUCACACCAUAUGAGCAUAUAAAAAAAUAAACUGGACUUCAAAUAAUAAAAAUUUAUCUAAAAUACUAAAGGAUGAAAUUUUGUGAAUAGAGUUGGUAUGCAGUGUUUUUGAUAAUAUGCCAAGUGAAAGCAGAUUUAAUAAUAAUAAUAAAUGGGAACUUAUAAAGCGCAAUAUCUCAGCCAAAGGCAGACUCAUUGCACUGAACAAGAUCACAAUAUAUUAACAAAGACGUAGAACAAAGUAGUAACAAAGACGUAAAAUGAAGAACAAUGCGAAGACUCGCUGCGUUCUGGCAGUAAAGGGCGAUCACUGUAGAUUUAACAGUAAGAACUCCAGAGAAUAAGGUUAGUGACAUCAGGAGAAUACUGGGAAGACAUUGAGUAAUCUUGAGAAUAUGAAGAAAUAUUAUCAGAUGAAACUGCAAGGUGAUCAUCCCUUGAGUUUAUUAAGUGCAGCUCAAGGUCUUUGCCGAAGUGAGUGAUGCAUGGUGGAGUGGAAUCCAGCCAAUAAACUCAAACAGUUUGCAUCUCAAAAUAACAUUAUAUACAGUCCUGUUGCAAACCAGAAGAGUAAGAAAACGCAGCAGAAGCACAUGUGAACAUGAAAGUCCAACACUUUUAUCCAAAUGAAGCACGACCACAAAACGAAAUCAAGGAGAGCCAAUCCCCUCAGGUGAAGGGACAGAACUCUCAUCCCAUUUGUAUGGUACAGUUUGUGUACCUAUAUUUCAGUUGCUCCAGGUUCUAUGAAAAACUCUGUGAAGACCAGCCUGCUUGACAGCUGUGCUACUGUUGAAGAAAAUUGAACCAUCCUUCACAAUCAGGAGGUGGUGGCUGGGGUAAGAAAGCACACUGUUGGCUCUGGUGUAAGCUAGCAUGGUUAACCUUGUCAGGACUAAUUUAGUUUUAAGUAAACUGGUUUGUGUUCCAAGAUCUGAACAAUUUCUGAGAUAUUUUUAAAAAAAAAGAUAGCCGAUGUUCUGAAUUGUUUCCGUUCAAAAUUGUGGGUUUCAAACGAACAGUUUACUUUGUGUCCACAGCACAGUCAGUUCUUGGAGGCCACAUAUAGUCUUCUCAAUUUUGUUCAGUCGUACUCUCUGUUAGACUGUAGGCAAGUUCAAAAUUGCUUGGUACAAUCCCCAUAUCCAUGGUGUUAGUGUUUCAAUUGGGAACACAUGGGAAACUGUGAUUGCUCAUACUAAAUGGGUGUGCUUAAGAACUAAACAUGAUGCCUCAUUGUACCACCCCAGAGAUGUUUUACUGUGAUUGCCCAUUGAAGCCGAGUUGGUUUCAGGAUAAGGGUACACUCCAAAAAUUAAAAGCAAUAUUAUGAAUAUCUUUAAGUGUUUUUUAAUAUAGAGUAACAAAAUAAUAUAAAUAGCACUAUUUUUGAGUAUCCAGUGAAAAUGGUGACUAAACCUUUUUUUGUUUAAAAUGUAUAAGUAUUUUAAAAGCAAAGUUACACAGUGCCAUAAAUCAUAUCAUUUGGGGUUUUUUGUAAACUAGAGGCAAUGAUGUAAAUGAUGGUCUAGCAUUUUUAUAUCAAGAUUUCUAGGAGAUAUAAAAAAAUCAAACAUGGUACCCCCCACUCCGGCAAUUGAAGAUUUUUAAGUGUUUAUUUCAUCAAAAACAAUGUACUGUAAUAUCUCUGUAUCAUGUAUUUCUAAAUAAAACUGCAAAAUGUUAAUGCUAUAGCACAAGCCUAACUUGAAAUAUAUUGUUUUUGCAGGUAAGCCCUUGCAUUGAAAAUGGAAAUCAGAGAAAUUCCAGUUUAAAGAUUCAAAAUGAAUAUAUUUUGUAUCAGAUCAUUUUUGAAAAAUAUAUUUCAGUGUUUAUAUGCUACACUUAACAUCCUACUAUGUAAUUGAAGUCUGUCCUAGUAUGCCAGGACUAUAAAUUUCACCCUAACAGCUUUCUUGCUCGGAAACCAUUAGCUUUGUUUGUGUUCUUUUGUUUUCUCAGUAUCUAGGUUUCAAGUAAUGCCUUAUUAUCUGCUUGCCUGCAUUAGAUUAAGAACUGUUUUACGUACAAUUCAUGCAAACUCAGUUAUUUGUUUUAAUGGUUUGUUGUUUAUCACAGUAUUAUUUGUACGGUGGCACAAUGGUUAGCACCUGUCUCUAAUAUAGUGAAUGAAGGUUGGCUGUCUUGGGUUCAGCUCUUGUCUCGGACACACUGCUUCCCCACCUCAAUACAGAGUUGGAAUUCAGAGCCACUGUUAUUAAAUAAAUGAUUUUGUAACCCAACAUUCUAAGCAUAAAAUAAAAAUUUGCCAUUUCCUAUACUUUUUACUCAAACCUCUAGAUUUGUUUAAGAUUUAGUUGCUGGUUUUUCACAAAUUGUGCACCGUUCACGGGCUUGUUUUGUCUUUUCAGUGUGGAAAAAUAUUUUAUGAAAGAGUUUGUUGGGAGGAUUGUAUCUGUAUUAAAUAUUUGCAUUCAAAAGUCAACAGAAUUAUUACUAUGAUUAUUGUAAUGCAGAAUAUUUGAUAAAUAAAUUAUACAAGAUUUAUAA